AUAAGUAUUCCCCCAUCCGAGUUCUGAAUGAAUAAUUGUUUUUCUGUGCAAUAUCCUUUUAGAUAAUAUGUCGAUUAUAUCUCCUACAGAAUGCAGGUGAAGCCAUCAACGCAGCCAGUUGUUGUUUCCAUCCCAGUCAGCCAUUAUGAUGACACUGAAUCUGCUAAAGCAGCGAGAAAGCAACUGAAAGCAGCUAUCUACUCAGUCCUGUUUGAAAUGGAUGUUCCUGCUGUUUGUGCCAUCAAUCAAGCAAGUCUAACUCUAUAUGCUGCAAGACGAACAUCAGGCAUUGUUGUAAAUAUUGGUUUCCAUGCCACAUCUGUUGUUCCAAUUUUAAGAGGUAAGGUGAUGCGUGAAGUGGGUGUAAAAGUUGUGGGACAGGGAGCGCUAAAACUUACAGGGUUCCUUAAGGAGCUGAUGCAACAGCAGAACAUGAAUUAUGAGUCAUUAUUCACUGUCCGCACAUUAAAAGAGAACCUCUGCUAUGUUGCUGCUGAUUAUGAAGCCGAGCUAUCUAAAGAUACAGAGGCCUCAUUCGAAGUUUCUGGAGAAGGUUGGUUUACCCUCUCAAAGGAGCGCUUUCAAACCGGAGAGAUAUUAUUCCAACCACUUAUGGGUGGAAUACAUGCAAUGGGCUUGCAUCAGGCAGUAGCUCUCUGCAUGGACCACUGUCAAGCUGCAGCAGUAAUGGGUGAUGAUGGAUGGUUCAAGACUGUAGUCUUGGCUGGGGGGACUGCAUGUUUACCAGGACUGCCAGAGAGGUUGGAGAAGGAGCUGCGUAAAAUUUGUCCUGUGGCCAUAUCCAAUGGAAUCAGAGUUAUUCCGCCCCCUUAUGGUAUUGACUCUGCAUGGUUCGGGGCGAAGCUUAUCAGCAAUGUAAGCUGCUGUGCUUCCUAAAUAAUCAAAUAUGCAGAGAAAUAUGUAUUGAUGAUGCCAUCUUGCUAAAUUGGUAAAGCUUGUGGGGGUUGUACCAAAGACCUGGGUUUGGAACUGAAAAGACCUAUAUUUACUAGAGCAAAGUAAGACCU